UAGGGAUAUGCUGGUUUCCGUUAUAUAAGGAAAUGAGCCCUUCGGUUUUCCUCACUCUCGUCAGGGGGAUUAGCCGACUGUUUGCGGACGCAUCAUCCCGAACACCACCGCGAUCAUGAGAGCGUUCGUCAUCGCUUGCCUUCUCUCCGCAGUUGCCCUUGGAAAUGCCCAAAAUCGGGCAGUAAACACAGCCAGUGGAGCUGCCUCAAGUGGUGCAGCAACAAGAGGUGAGCUGACAGGGGUUCUGCGUGGUGGAGUUGAAUCCGUUGGUCCCAGUGGAGCUCCGGGUGUCACCAUCACUCUUGGAGGCAAUGUCGGCGGUGGUCUUGGAGGCCAGGGAGGAGGAUCUCCUUCAGUCUCGAGUUCCAACUUCCAGCCAACUCAUGGCUUCAAUCCAGGUUAUGGAUUCCUCUCCAGCUACGGAUACUACCCACAAGGUUACGGUCAUUACGGCUACAAUCCGUACGGCUACAAUCCUUACGGCUACAAUUCUUACGGCUACAAUCCUUACGGCUACAACUACAGUCCCUAUGGCUACUACGGAUACGGCAACGGUUACAACGGCGGAUACGGUCAUGGGUUCUAUGGCUCCAACCACCGCUCGAAUAAUCGCCACCAGUAAUUACAACCGGACGGC